AAUUGACCCUUCGUAAAAAUAUUGAAAAUAGAAUCAGAAGUUCAGAACUCUCUCGCGCUCUUCUAACCUAGAUGAACGAUGGCGGCUAGCUGACUUCUUCUACUCCUCACGGCCGAACACCGAACCGCCGUCUAUUCACCCCGGAACGUUGCUGCCUCACCAGUAUCUGUCGCCUCUCUCCACACCGCCUAAUAGGACCUUGGCAGUCCCUGUUCACGGCUGAACGCAGCUUCACCUCUCUCUCCUCACCGCUAAAAGCCGCCUCCUCAUCAGCGGCAGCAGCUCUCCUCCCACAGCCGAACGCCGUUUCAACAUUAUGAUUCAGAAAAAGGUGAAUUCACUGUGAAGACUUGGAACUUGAAGGCUUGGAGCUUCAAAAGAACUUGUGCUAAUUUGCCUCCGAAUCAUUGACGCUUUUAUUAAUUUUGACUCCCUCUGUCAUGGGAAAGAAGAAUAUCAAAAGGGAAAGUGGUGAUAGCCAAUACUCUACCUCCACUGUCUUUGUUUCCAACUUGCCGUUCUCCUUUACUAACACUCAGCUUGAAGAAACUUUCAGUGAUGUUGGCCCUAUCAGAAGGUGUUUUUUGGUAACAAAGAAAGGGACUGCUGAGCACCGAGGCAUCGGCUUUGUUCAAUUCGCAAAUGUUGAGGAUGCAAAUAGUGCUAUUGAGCUAAAAAAUGAGUCAAGAGUUGGAGGGAGAAAAAUUGGAGUCAAACAUGCAAUGCAUCGAGUCCCUCUUGAACAACGUAAAUUAAAGGGAUCUCAAGUUAAUGCAAACAAGAAGGAUCCUCAAGAGAGAGACAGGAAUGAGAGUUUGCCUGAUGAAGCAGUCAAGGCUGAACUAGAUCUGAACUCCCAAGAAGCAGCUGAAAUUGUAGGCUCCCAAACAUGUUCAAAUAAUCCCAGAAGAAAAAGAAAAGCUUCAGUACUUUGGAAGGGCAUGCUUGAUGAAAAGAGUGGUUCAGAAAAGCAGAGGGUUGCUAGGACAGUCAUAAUUGGAGGUAUUCUUUCUGCCGAUAUGGCAGAAGAAGUUCACAGUCUCGCCAAAGGUUGUGGUACAGUGUGCUCUGUUACCUAUCCUCUUCCAAAAGAAGAACUUGAAUAUAAUGGGUUGGCUCAAGAUGGGUGUACAGUCAAUGCUUCAUCAGUGCUGUAUACUCGUGUGAAAUCUGCUCAAACUUCUGUAGCAACCUUACACCAAAGAGAGAUACAAGGGAGGACUAUUUGGGUGCGCCAACUUGGUGGACAGGGUUCCAAGACUAAUAAAUGGAAACUCAUAGUUAGGAAUAUUCCUUUUCAGACCAAAGUGAGUGAGCUAAAGACCAUGUUUUCAACUGCUGGCUUUGUAUGGGAUGUCAAUAUUCCCCUUAAUGUAGAGACAGGUUUAUCCAAGGGUUUUGCCUUUGUUAAAUUUACGUCCAAGCAAGAUGCAGAAAAGGCUAUUAUGACUUUCAAUGGAAAGACUUUUGGUGGAAGACCUAUUGCUAUUGAUUGGGCUGUACCCAAAAAGGUUUAUGUUGCUGAUAGUCAACCUGCUGCAACCUUAGAGGAUGGCAAAAUUGAAGGACAAAAUGAAAGUGAUGAAGGCGAUAACAUUAGUGUUGAUUUGGAAGGUAAGGAAAUAGAGAUUGAUGCCAAGUCCCAACAAGAUCUUAGUAAUGGGAUUGAAGAAGAGGAAGAAGAAGAAGUUGAUGGAGAAGGAGAAGACACACAGCCACAAGUAAAUAUUGAUAUGGAAGCAGAUGUUGCGAGGAAAGUUCUUGAAAAUUUAAUGACAUCCACUUCGAAAGGGAUGGCAGCUUCUUCUGCGGAUGAUGAUUCUUCCAGCUUGCUUGAUGGAGAAAAGAGUGAAGUUAUUAUUCCAGAAAGCUGUAGUAAAGAGAAAAAUACCAUGUGGACUGAAGGAGUAGAAGAUCUGAACAGGACGAUUUUCAUAAACAAUCUUCCUUUCGAUGUUGAUAACGAAGAAGUAAAACAGCGUUUUUCUGCAUUUGGUGAAGUGGAGUCCUUCGUUCAAGUUCUUCACCAAGUCACCAAGCGACCAAGGGGUACCGGAUUUCUCAAAUUUAAAACAGUUGAUGCUGCUGAAGCUUCUCUUUCAGCUGCCAACUCAUCUGGUUUGGGUAUACCACUGAAGGGUAGGCAAUUGAAGGUUUUCAAGGCUGUGGACAAAAAAACAGCGCAGGAUAAGGAGUUAGAGAAAACAAAAAAGGAGGAACAUGACCACCGUAACCUUUAUCUUGCCAAGGAAGGUCUUGUUUUGGAAGGAACCCCAGCUGCUGAAGGUGUUUCAGCAGGUGAUAUGUCCAAGCGCAAGAUAUUGCAUGAAAAGAAGAUGAUCAAACUUAAGUCACCAAACUUCCAUGUAUCAAGGACUCGACUAAUUAUAUACAAUCUUCCAAAAUCAAUGACUGAUAAAGAGCUUAAGAAACUUUGCUUAGAUGCAGUUACUUCUCGAGCUACUAAGCAAAAGCCCAUGAUCAGGCAGAUAAAGUUUUUGGAGGAUACUAAAAAGGGUAAACUGGUAGUCAAGAAUCACUCUCGUGGAGUUGCCUUUGUUGAGUUCACUGAGCACCAACAUGCACUUGUGGCUCUCAGAGUUCUUAAUAAUAAUCCUGGGACUUUCGGACCAGAGCACCGUCCAAUUGUAGAGUUUUCUAUUGAUAACGUCCAUACACUGUUGCGCCAUAAAGAGAGGAAUCAAGAUCAGUCAACUGGGUUUCAUCACAAGAUGGAAAAAAUUAAUGUUGACCCAAAUGGCUCUAAACGUAAGACAGAAAAUUCACGAGAAAGUGAAAAGUCAAGAAAGUGCAAAUCCAACGGUGAGAAAGAAGCAAACACUGAACCAGCCAGAACAGCAAAGAAGCAAAAGCAAAAGAAAGUGUCGAUAGGUUCAAAGGAGGAGAAGCUUAAAGAGAACAAUGGAAAAGGAAAGCUCACGGAUGUUAGAUCUCAACAAAUGAAGAGUGCCCGCACUAAUAAGUCUAUACAUAUUGAAGCCGGGACUCAUAGAUCAAAGGGCAGACUGAAUGAUGAGACUCUUCUGGAGAAACAAAGCAACACCUCGGGGGUAGGAAAAAAACGUAAAAAGAAUGCAGACCCAGUGGGACAGGAUGUGAUGGACAAGCUUGACGUGCUCAUUGAUCAAUACAGAUCCAAGUUCACAAAGGGUAAUUUCGACCAGAAGAGUGGCAACAAAAAGCAGCUGAAGAGAUGGUUCCAAUUAUAACCGUUUUCAUCCAAGUUGCCUUUUGACAAAUAGAAUUAAAAGUUAUGUUGUGCAAUUCUGUCAAAAGAUGCAGUUUUCCCUUCGUUUAUCAUUCAAGUUUGCACUCAAUAGUUUACACUGUAUGUUGUAAACCGGGCCAUUCUCUACUAUUCUACAGUAGAAUAGUAGAAUUUCUACUUCUCUGUUCUUUUUGUAUAUUUUUACUUGGGAAAGAUUGGUUGUGGCAUUCCAAUUACCAAAAACAAUACACGUAGCAUGUUUAGCAUCUAAGAGUAUGAUGAUAUCUCGAUAUUAUAAAGAACAUAUGAUUAGUCCCAAAAUAGAACUUUAUG